AACCAGCGCUAAAUGAUUUGUUUUUUGCUAACCUAACGAGUGUGAGAUACCUGAAGGAGACGGUGGUCGCUUCUUUAUCCGCAGGAUGAAGGUGAAAAUCAAACAGUGGAACGGGGUUGCCUCCUGGCUCUGGGUGGCCAACGAUGACAACUGUGGGAUCUGCAGGAUGGCCUUUAACGGCUGCUGUCCUGACUGCAAAGUGCCUGGGGAUGACUGCCCGCUGGUCUGGGGUCAGUGCUCCCACUGUUUCCACAUGCACUGCAUCCUGAAGUGGCUGAACUCACAGCAGGUCCAGCAGCAGUGCCCCAUGUGCCGGCAGGAGUGGAAGUUCAAGGAGUGAACCUGUGGAGGCGUCGCUGCCACAGAGACGAAAGGCUCGCUCGCAGACUUUUAUGUAGACUGUAAAUAAAUCUGUGUUGGUACUUCUACUAAUGCAGAACACACGCUGAAUAUGUUUUACUGUAGUGGAUUUGUGAUUAAAUUAAAUAAGAAAAAAAAUG